AUGUUAGUAAAUUACGACGAUUCAUCAGAUUCAGAAAUUGAAAAUGAAAAAGUAGAAAAAGACCAAAAGCCAGAAAAAAUAAUUCCAGAGUAAGCUCAAGAUUAAUAAAAAAAGAAAGUGAAACUUUUAAAUUUCAACUAAGUUAUGAAAAAAGCAGAUGAAAAAAGUAGCAUCACUGCAUCGUCAUCAUAUACAAGCAAUCUUUUGAAUGAAGCUAAGAAAAUAGAUUCAUAGCUAAACAAUGCAAAUAAAAUUAGUAACGAAAUAAAUAGUAAGAGGAAACUACCAAAAGAUUAUGAAGAGAAAGUAGAUUGCCCUGUCGAAUAAAAGUACCACAAAUUAAAUAUAACAGAAGAAGAACUUCAAAAAAGAAAGAUUGAGGAACAAAUCGCAAAUUAAGCAAAAACAUAAAGCGAGGCAAAGGAAAAAUAAAAAAAGCACAUGUUUGUUCCUCCUUAGAUAAGAAAUAACACAAAAAAUGUUUCAACUGAAUUUUGA